AAAGUAAUUAAAUUUUGAAUAACAAAUAGACAUCAUCCUCAUCAGUGGAGGUAGAAGACGAGACGAUGUCGUUUGGGUCUUCUCUGUUAUCUCCUCCGAUGCAUAUUGUUUACCGAAAACAAAACAGAACCUCUCGCACUCUCUUCAAAGUCUCCGCAAACGUUCCCGAUUUUCUUUCUGCAGACUGGUUUGAAUCUCGCAAGAAAAAACCCUUUGGUCCGAGAUUAGAUUUCACUGCAGAAGAUGCUGUUCAUCAUCAGCUUCAAGCGUUGAAGUACAACGACCAACCCCGUCAAGAUUAUGGAAUUGAAGUUAUGUAUAGGUUUGCUGGAUUUGAUCCUUUUGAAAGGUCAACCUAUUUUGGCCCAUUCUUUGAUCUUGGUCAGUUUGAAAGGUUCAGACGUAUUUUUCACCAUUCUACUUACCGAGUCUUAUUGGGUCACAAAGAAAGAAAGAUCAUGAGCAGUUUGUUUGUGGAGGAGAACAAAUAUAAGCAGCGGAUUUGGGUUCGAGGAAGUCGACCAGAGGAAGAGGAGAUAUUUCAAUUUACAAUGGUUCAGAGGGUUGGCGGUUGCUGGGAUGGUUAUUGGCUGACAGAGUCUCUGCUUCACGACAGGGAUACAUUUUCUGGUGGGGUGGCAUAUUGAUUACAAAACAUUCAAUAAAGGAGUCAGUUUCAUGAAGCUCCAUUGCCAAAACAUAAAGUGACAUGCUAUUACUAUCCUAAUCCUCUGUAAAGUUUGUACAUACAUAUAUAUAUAUAAGAAAUUAUGCUGUAAUUACUUGUGAAUAAAUGAGGGCUAUAAUUGCUCUUUUACUGAUGAUCAAAUGUAAAAACGCUCUUUCAUUUAUCCUGCAAAGUGGUUCAAAGUUGAAGUUAUUAAGAGAAAA